UGGGAUAAUCCUGUCUUCCUUCAGGAUGGUAUUGUCCUCGGAGCAGACACGAGAGCGACUGAAGGAAUGGUCGUUGCUGACAAGAACUGUUCGAAAAUACACUUCAUUUCCCCUAAUAUCUAUUGUUGCGGUGCAGGAACUGCUGCAGAUACUGAUAUGACAACUCAACUGAUUUCUUCCAAUCUGGAACUCCACUCGCUCUCUACUGGACGACUUCCAAGAGUUGUCACAGCUAAUCGGAUGCUAAAGCAAAUGCUUUUCAGGUAUCAAGGCUACAUUGGUGCUGCCCUGGUUUUGGGGGGAGUAGAUGUCACAGGACCUCACCUCUACAGCAUAUAUCCCCACGGAUCAACUGACAAACUGCCUUACGUUACCAUGGGUUCUGGAUCAUUAGCAGCUAUGGCAGUAUUCGAAGAUAAAUACAAACAGGACAUGGAGGAAGAGGAAGCCAAACAGCUGGUGAGAGAUGCCAUUGCAGCCGGCAUUUACAACGAUCUGGGCUCCGGCAGCAACAUCGAUAUCUGUGUUAUAAGCAAGAAUAAGCUGGAUUUCCUCCGUCCGUACGAUGUGGCCAACAAAAAGGGGGACAGGUAUGGUAGAUACAAGUGUGAAAAAGGAACUACUGCUGUUCUCACAGAAAAUGUAGCACUCCUGGAAAUUGAGGUGGUGGAUGAAAGUGUACAAACCAUGGACACUUCCUGA